AUGGCGUUCUACGAUACAUACGCCAUCGCCACCAUGAAGAUCUUCCAGGCAUUAGUACUCGCUGGAGUGGCUGUACUUCAGGUAGAUGCAGAAACGUGUAAUGCUGACUGGAGCGCCACCUGCUCCGACGCCACCACGACCGUGGCCACGACUACCGACGACUGCACAGGCACAGCGGCCGCUUGCACGGAGGACGAUUGCUGCUACACGAAGUGCCUUUCGCAUACCUGCACGGUGACCGACGAAGUUCAGAUUCAAGAUGCGGCAACCACCGCCUGCACCGACGACACGUGCACCGACGCCCAGUGCUGCGAAGCAGACACGAAGUGCCUUUCGCAUACCUGCACGGUGACCGACGAAGUUCAGAUUCAAGAUGCGGCAACCACCGCCUGCACCGACGACACGUGCACCGACGCCCAGUGCUGCGAAGCAGAGGCGUGCUCGGUCGCAACCGCAUGCGGAGACAACCAGGAUUGCACCGCUGAAGACGACAACACCGCCACGUGCACCUGCAUGGACGGCUACAUAGAUGACAACGCCGACGGUGACGCCGCGACUGUUGUCUGCGACUUGGAUGCGGCGGCAACCACCGACUGCGCCGAGGGCGGGUGCGCCGACGCCGACUGCUGCAUUGCAGACCCGUGCGCGGUCGAUGACGUAUGCGGAGACAACCAGGAUUGCGCCGUCGCCGACGACAACACCGCCUCGUGCACCUGCAUGGACGGCUACGUAGAUGACAACGCCGACGGCGACGCCGCGACUGUUGUCUGCGAGAUGGAUGGCGACGACGACGAGGACAUCUGCCCCACAGAGAUGGCCGCUUGCGAGGCUAAUACCGCCUGUGCAGCCUGCAUGACGGCGGGUGACGCGUACAUGGAGGACGAAACCUGCGUGGUUGAAAGCGAGCUUGAGACCUGCCAGGACUAUGCUGACAUGUACUGUUGCUAUGCUGGGGGAGAGGAUGGCGAAGACGAAUGCCGCACGAACUCCUUGAUGUUGGCCUACACUAACUGCAUGGUCGAGGAGUACGAGGUGGAGUCGUGCACGUUGAUCGACCUAUGCGACGCUUCGGCUACCGUUGCUCCCACUCCGGCUCCGGUCACCAGCGGGACGUCUAGCUUCUUUUCGCGCUCGUCACCCGGCACGGCCGUGUUCGGUGCAGUUGCUACCGGUAUCGCCGGUUUCCUCUUCACCGCAGUGGAAGGACUACUGUGA